UUUUGGUGCGGUGGUCCGCGACUGCACAACGAACUAAAACACCAACUUCUGCCGGGAGCGGGGCUCGGGAGGAGCGGGGCCGGUCCGGGAGGAGCUGGGGUGGCUCAGGAGGAGCUGGGCUGGUCCGGGAGGAGCUGGGCUCGCCCGGGAGGAGCUGGGCUGGCUCAGGAGGAGCUGGGCUGGUCCGGGAGGAGCUGGGCUCGCCCGGGAGGAGCGGGGCCGGUCCGGGAGGAGCUGAGCUCGCCCGGGAGGAGCUGGGCUGGCUCAGGAGGAGCUGGGCUGGCUCAGGAGGAGCGGGGCCGGUCCGGGAGGAGCUGGGCUCGCCAGGGAGCAGCGCUCGCCGCCUCCAGCAGCGCUGCGGGCUCGGGGCCGGGCGGGGGGGAUGCGGCUGCCCCCGCCCCGCCGCACACGCGGCUCCGCCACCGCCGCCGCCGCGGGGCCCGACAGACACCGGAGAGACACCGCACAGACACCGGACAUCGGCCAGCCCCCGGCCAGCCCCUCUCCCCUCCCCUCCCGUCCAUCCCCGCCCGCGGCGGGGCCGUGCCGAGCCGGGCCAUGGAGCAGCACCUGCGGCGCCUGCGGCAGGAGCUGCUCUCCAUGAAGGCGGUGGGUGACGGGCUGACCCAGCAGAUGAACUCCAUGAUGGGCGCCCUGCAGGAGCUGAAGCUGCUGCAGCUGCAGACGGCGCUGGAGCAGCUGGAGCUGUCGGGGCAGCGGGGCCCCGCGGGGCCGGGCGGGGGACACACGGACACGGGACACACGGACACGGGACACACGGACUGGGGACACACGGGCACGGGACACACGGGCACGGGACACACGGACUGGGGACACACGGGCACGGGACACAUGGACACGGGACACACGGACUGGGGACACAUAACCCCAGAGCCAGGCAGGGGACAUAUGGACAGAGGACACACGGACAGGCACACGGACACAGGACACACGGACUGGGCACACAUGGACAGGGCACACACGGACAGACACACGGCCAGGGCACACACGGACACAGGACACACGGACUGGGCACACAUGGACAGGGCACACACGGACACAGGACACACGGACAGGUCACACACGGACACAGGACACACGGACUGGGCACACAUGGACAGGGCACACACGGACAGACACACGGACGCAGGACACACGGCCAGGGCACACACGGCCCGGCCGGAGCCAGGCCACGCUCACGGACACUGCCCCGCGCCGUGGCCGCCCCGUUCGUCCCAUCCCACGAGUGACCGCCCUGGGGCCGCCCCGGCCCGGCCCGGGCAGGGUCCGUGUCCCCCCGGAGGAGCCCCCCCCGUGUCCAGCAGCCCGGACGCGGCCGGGGGGUGGUCCCUGGGCCAGGAGUGCCCGGCCUGUGACGAUGGCCACGACUGGACCUCGUCGCUGAUGUCGCAGAGCAGGAACCGGCAGCCGCUGGUGCUGGGGGACAACAUCUUUGCGGACCUGGUGGGGAACUGGCUGGACCUGCCCGAGCUGGAGAAGAAGGGGGACCGGAGCGAGGCGUCCCUGGGCACCAGCAGGUCCCAGGAGCUCUGCAGGAAAUUCUCCCUCACCGCCAACAUCUUCAAGAAGUUCCUGAGGAGCGUGCGGCCGGACCGGGAGCGGCUGCUGAAGGAGAAGCCCUGCUGGCUUCCCCCCGAGGACAAACAGCAGAUCUGCAAAAGGCCCAAGAAGAGCAGCAAGCUGAAGGGCAGGUUCUACCACGGCAGCAGGGCAGAGCGCUGCCCCGGGGCUGAGCCCCCCAGGAAAGCUCCAGACUCCAGAGACUUCGGCCAGGCGGGGUUUGACAUCAACACGGCCGUGUGGGUGUGAGCCUGCCCUGCAUCCCUCCCCACCAGAGCUCUGCACAGGGACGGGGAGCCCUGCACAGCAUCCUGCUCACAGAGAUUGCAGCAGAGCUCCAGGGACUGCCUGAGCCCUGCCCCAGACCUCUGGGGACAGAUACCAGCAAAAAUAAUGGGAAUCCUCAGCAGCUUUAGGGUGUGUGGUGCCACAGUGAGCAGCUGCUGGUGCCAGGGCCAUCCCAUCAUCUCCAGCUCAAAGCCACCGUGUGCAUGUGUGUGUAUGAGUGUGCAAAUAUACAUAUAUAUAUAUAUAUAUAUAUAUAUAUAUAGUUUUGUUAAAAAAAUCUAUUCCUGCUCUAUUCCUGCUUGUGUGCACUUGAACCUGAGUUGUAAACCAGGCAUUCCAAGCCUUGUACCUGAAGCACUUGUUAUUGAAAUGGAAAGAAAUAAGUUUGAAUUUAUGAGACUUGAACAAUUGCUGAGUGAGGGGCAGUCUCCCAGUUUGGGGGUUCCCCUUGAGCUGCAUCCCUGGUGCUCUCCCUCCCCUCCCAGUUAAAGCAGGGGGACACAAGGCUCCUCACAGGGGGUUUGUGGCCUGGGGUCCAGCUGGGUUUGCCCCUCUCCCCUCCCCUUGUCCCUGUGGAUCACUCCAGGUACAAUGCUGAAGUUUAUUGUUGGAUUUUCACCAGAUGCAAAGUUCAAUCCCCCAUUUCUUGUUGUGAUCCCUGUUGCUGUUGUACAAACCUCGUCUCCACAGAACCAAGUUCUUCAGUGUCCAACUCUCCAAGAGUUUCCAAUAAAGUGGGGUCACUCUGGUCUCCUCUGUCGGACA